AUGGUCGCCGCACUGGCGGCCAUGGCUCUGGCGGCGAGCACGUCGGCGACGGAUAGAAUAUACGUCAGCUCAGAGAAUGUUGCUUCGGAGGAGGGCAUGCGUGGCCUGUACGAGCGCUGGUACACGCUCUAUAGGCACGACAGCGACCCCAUCGACAAGGAGAAGCGGUUCGCCAUCUUCAAGGCGGAAGCACGCGCUGUGUACGAGCUGAAUGAGGGCGGCACGCGCGUGAAACAUCAUUUGAAUUGGUUCGCGGACAUGACCCAAGAUGAGUUUUCCGAAUCGUUCGCCAACUGCGCCCCCCUCAAGAUCCGACCCCACCGCGAGAUCAAGCUCAACCUUCACCAGCCUAGCCAGAACUACCCUGACAAAUUGCCACUCAUGGUCGACUGGCGGACCGUUGACGGUGUACUCACUAGCGUGAAGCUCCAGGGAGAAUGCGGAAGCUGCUGGGCUAUGGCUGCCGCCGGGGCGAUGGAGAGCAUCCACUUCCUCAAGAACAACAAGCGCACCAACCUGUCUGUUCAGGAACUAGUUGACUGCAGCCCCCCGAAGGAGCAUUGCAAAGGUGGCAGGGCUGACAUGGCCUUCCAAUACGUCAUCGACAAGCACGGCAUCCAUUCCUCCGAACAGUACCCAUAUAAUAUGCUCAUGGACGCGGUGGCCCACGCGCCCGUCGUCAUUCGUUUUCGGGGCAGCAACACCACCGAGUUCAAACGCUACAGCGGCGGCAUCUUCCGAGGGCUCUGCGACAUCGACACCAAGCAAAGGCACGAAGCCCUGCUCGUGGGCUACGGUACAACGCCAAGUGACGAUGCCAACGAUCCUGGCGUCAAUUAUUGGCUGGUGAAGAACUCGUGGGGGGAGUCAUGGGGAGAGAGGGGCUACAUGCGCCUCCAGCGUGGUCAUCUGGCUCAUGGUGGCCUCUGCGGAAUUUUGCGGCGCCCAGUGUACCCAGCACAUCCAAAAUAG